AUGUCCGUGCCGAACGUGCUGGCCAAAGCCCUCUAUGACAACGUGGCCGAGUCCCCCGACGAGCUCUCCUUCCGCAAGGGCGACAUCAUGACGGUGCUGGAGCGCGACACACAGGGCCUGGACGGCUGGUGGCUCUGCUCGCUGCACGGGCGGCAAGGCAUCGUGCCCGGGAACCGCCUCAAGAUCCUGGUGGGCAUGCAGGACAAGAAGCCCGCCGGGCCCGGCCCCGGCCCCCCUGCCCCUCUGACCCCGCCCCAGCCCGGCCUCCACAACCCGGCCGCCCAGUACACGCCUAUGCUGCCCGCCACUUACCCCUCGCAGUCUGACAGUAUCUACCUGGUGCCCACCCCCAGCAAGACCCAGCAGGGGCUCUACCAAGCCCCUGGGCCCAGUCCGCAGUUCCAGUCUCCCCCGGCCAAGCAGACGUCCGCAUUCUCAAAGCAGAUGCCCCAUCACCCGUUCCCCAGCCCAGCCCCAGACCUUUACCAGGUGCCUCCAGGGCCUGGCAACUCCACCCAGGACAUUUACCAGGUGCCGCCUUCUGCUGGGAUGGGGCUGGACAUCUACCAGGUUCCUCCAUCCAUGGACGCACGCAGCUGGGAGGGGACAAAGCCACCGCCAAAGGUGGUGGUGCCCACCCGCGUGGGGCAGGGCUACGUGUUCGAGGCCUCGCAGCCGGAGCAGGACGAGUACGACAUCCCGCGCCACCUGCUGGGCCCGGCGCCCCAGGACAUCUACGACGUGCCCCCCGUGCGAGGGCUCCCCGGCCAGUACAGCCAGGAGGUGUAUGACACCCCUCCUAUGGCUGUCAAGGGUCCCAAUGGCUGGGACCCAUCGCUGGACGUGUACGACGUGCCCCCCAGCGUGGAGAAGAGCCUGCUGCCACCCAGCCACCACGCGGUGUAUGAUGUUCCCCCGUCCGUGAGCAAGGACGUCCCUGACGGCCCUCUACUGCGUGAGGAAACCUACGACGUGCCCCCCGCCUUCGCCAAGGCCAAGCCCUUCGACCCGACCCGCCACCCGCUGGUCCUCGCUGCGCCCCCCCCAGACGCGCCGCCCGCUGAGGACGUGUACGACGUGCCGCCCCCUGCUCCCGACAUCUACGACGUGCCCCCCGGCCUGCGGCGGCCCGGCCCCAGCACCCUCUACGACGUGCCCCGGGAGCGGGCCCUCCCUCCCGAGGCGGCCGACGGCAGCGCGGCCGACGAAGGCGUGUACGUGGUGCCCCCCUCCGCCGAGCGAGAGGCCCCGGCGGACGCCAAGCGCCUGUCGGCCUCCAGCACGGGCAGCACUCGCAGCAGCCAGUCGGCCUCCUCCCUGGAGGCCCCGGUGCCCGGCCGCGAGCCCCUGGAGCUGGAGGUGGCCGUGGAGGCCCUGACCCGGCUGCAGCAGGGCGUGAGCGCCACCGUCACCCGCCUCCUGGACGUGGCGGGCAGCGCUGGCCGGUGUGGGGGCUGGCGCGGCACCGCGGAGCCUCAGGAGCCCCCGGCACAGGACCUGCGGGCCGCCGUGGCCGCGGUCCAGGGGGCCGUCCACGAGCUGCUGGAGUUUGCCCGCAGCGCCGUGGGCAACUCCGCCCACACGUCCGACCGCUCGCUGAACGCCAAGCUUAGCCGGCAGCUGCAGAAGAUGGAGGACGUGUACCAGACUUUGGUGGCCCACGGCCAGGCCUUUGACAGUAGCCGAGGCGGCCCUGGGGCCACUUCGGAAGACCUGGACCGCCUGGUGGCCUGCUCACGGGCUGUGCCCGAGGAUGCCAAGCAGCUGGCUUCCUUCCUGCACGGCAACGCCUCGCUGCUCUUCAGACGGACCAAGGCCCCUGCCUCAGGGCCCGAGGGGGGCGGCUCCCUGCACCCCAACCCCACCGACAAGGCCAGCAGCAUCCAGUCCCGGCCCCUGCCCUCGCCCCCCAAGUUCACCUCCCAGGACUCGCCGGAUGGGCAGUACGAGAACAGUGAGAGCGGCUGGAUGGAAGAUUACGACUAUGUCCACCUGCAGGGGAAGGAAGAGUUUGAGAAGACUCAGAAGGAGCUGCUGGAAAAGGGCAACAUCAUGCGGCAGGGGAAGGGCCAGCUGGAGCUGCAGCAGCUGAAGCAGUUUGAGCGGCUGGAGCAGGAGGUGUCCCGGCCCAUCGACCACGACCUGGCCAGCUGGACGUCGGCCCAGGCCCCGGCCCCGGGGCGGCCGGGCGGCCUGGGGCCCUCGGACCGGCAGCUGCUGCUCUUCUACCUGGAGCAGUGCGAGGCCAACCUGAGCACGCUCACCGACGCGGUGGACGCCUUCUUCGCCGCCGUGGCCGCCAACCAGCCGCCCAGGAUCUUCGUGGCCCACAGCAAGUUCGUCAUCCUCAGCGCCCACAAGCUGGUGUUCAUCGGGGACACGCUGUCGCGGCAGGCCAAGGCGGCCGACGUCCGCAGCCAGGUGACCCACUACAGCAACCUGCUGUGCGACCUCCUGCGCGGCAUCGUGGCCACCACCAAAGCCGCCGCCCUGCAGUACCCGUCGCCCGCCGCCGCCCAGGACAUGGUGGACAGGGUCAAGGAGCUGGGCCACAGCACCCAGCAGUUCCGCCGGGUCCUGGGCCAGCUGGCCGCUGCCUGA